AUGGCGAGUACAUUUCAAGAAUCCAGCAGCUUUGACGACCACUUCCUGACGUGUCCAGUCUGCGUGCUGCACUACGGAACCCACAAUGUCAAUGUCCCCAAAGCUUUGGAAGGGGCGGGGCCAAGUUUUCGGCAGUACCAAGCCUCUGAAGCUGUGCGGGGCCAAACCUUCUGUCCAAAUCAUGGAAACCGAGAAACUUUCUACAAUCAGCCUCGAGGUGACGAGCAGGGCCCAGCAGAAUUCGCUUCUGUCGCUGAAAGCCAGAAGCAAGUUCUACACGAGUUGUUAGGGAAGUUAGAACCCCGAGCGAGAGAGGUGGACUUCGCGCUCAACGACGUCAAGAUGGAAAUGUCCCAAAUGCCAGCAUUUUCCAACACAGCGAUUGAGCAGGCUAAAGCCUAUUUUGAUCACCUCAUCGCCUUGCUUCAAAAGAGAAAAGAGGAAACCGUCAAAAAGAUAGUUUCAGUCCACCAGGAAGUUGGUGGAUCAUUGCAAGCGCAGAAAGAAAAGAUGGAGUCUGAAUCAGCAGGGUUGGCGAGUGCAGCUGAAUUCUGUAAACAAGUACUGGAACACGGCAGUGAAGUGGAAGAACGUGACCUAGAGAGGAUUUCAGAGAGGGUGGAGGCGCUAUUCGCAACACCAACCGACCUAACAUCGAAACCAAGUCAAGUCAUGUUACUGAAGAGGAAGUCAGUGGAAGAUUUCGGUGUUGACGUCAGCAGGGCAGUUUCGCCCCAAGUACAAGUCAGAGAAAAGGUGGACGCGUCUAAGUGUGCAGUUGACAUAGAGAUUCAGCCUGCCGUUACAGAGUUUUCAAGAGCCUCCCUACUCACCACAGUUGACAGAUACGGGCGUCCGUGUGUUGUCCCUGUAAAGAACAUCACAGCUAUCCUAAUGAACCCCUCAGGCGAGAGGGUACCAACUCAGGUGAAGGAGAAGGGUAUGGGAGUGUGGGAGAUUUCCUACACACCUGAGAUCACGGGCAAGCACCGGUUACAAGUGGAGGUGAACGGGCGGCCUGUGGCGGGAAGUCCGUUCGAUGUCAAUGUGGAAAGCAGUCACACCCCUGUCUUCACUGUCGGACACUAUACUGAGGUGAAAGACCUUCCCCAUCCUACAGAUGUAGCCAUGGAUAUGCAAGGCAACAUCGCAGUGGUAGAGGAAGGAAACAAGAGGGCUGACGGGAGUCUGGUCCGGGAGAUCGGCAAGGGCUACUUACGGUACCCCUGGUUCACGGCAGUGGACGAGCCACGUGGUCUGGUCUACGUCACCGACCAUCAUGCCCUGGAUGAUAAUAAUAACGUGUUGGUGUUUGACCUCAAGGGAAAAUUUCAGUUCGGCUUCGGUAAGAAAGGAGGGAAGGGGGGAGAGUUCCAAAAUCCAUCGGGGAUAGCGCUAGACCGGGCGGGGAAUGUCCUGGUGGUGAGCCGCCUGGACGGGCGCCUGCAGGUGUUCACUCCCGACGGGAGGUACGUCAAAACGGCGGUCAAAAUCAGAGGAGGCUAUCCCAUGGGGAUCGCCCUGACUCCGGAUGGCUACGUAGCUGUGGCCUGCUGCUGGGGAAAUCAGACCGAGUUUUACAAGUACAACUGA